AUGUAAAUAUUGGAAUCGGCAUUGAAAAAGGCUGUGGGCUUGGGCUACAUGAAAUGGGGAUUGAUAUUCGGCUUGGCAAACGGCAUGGCUGUGUAUUCAUAUUAUAGAGAGAAUCGAAAUAAAUACGAUGUGGAAGCCUAUCAAUAAUCAGUCACUAGAUAUGUCUCCUAUUAAUCUGGUAAGAUGGCAGAAACAUACAUUCCAAAAUGGUUAAGAAGUCCUUUGUUUUCAUUAUUCGGCUACGUUUAUGAUGUGAAUUACGACGAUAUGUUAGAACCUCUUGAGAAUUAUGAAAACUUUCAACAAUUCUUUACUCGCAAGAUAAAAAGCAGAGAGUUCGAUAAAAAUGUAAAUAAACUAAUAGUGCCAGCAGAUUCUAAGGUGCUAUCAUUUUGCGAAGUGAAGGAUGACAGUCCAAUCUUAGUUAAGAAUGUGCAUUAUAAAUUGGGGUAUUUUUUGACUGGGCAAGAGACUUUUGAGAUGACUCCUAAAAUAUUGGAGGAUGCAAGGAAAAGAAAGAAUACAAAGCUGUAUUCAGUAAUAUUUUAUUUGGCCCCUGGAGACUAUCACAGAUAUCAUUUGCCAAGUGAUUUUUAAUUGAAAAGCAGAAGUCAUAUAGUGGGACAUCUGGCACCUGUAAAGAUCAGCUACAUUUCAAGUACACCAAAGGUAUAUGAGACUAAUGAGAGAGUGGCCUUGUUUGGAACAUACAAUUUUGGAUUAAUGAGUAUAGUUUUGGUGGGUGCAACCAAUGUGGGAUCAAUGACUUUAAAUUAUGAUAAGGAAUUUUAGACAAAUUAGAAGGCUCAGGAAUUGUUUGUUUACAAACAUUAUGAUCCGACUAUUUCGCUUAGAAAAGGUGAUGAAUUGGGAAUGUUCAGAUUGGGGUCAACAGUUGUUAUGAUGUUUGAGGCAGAGAAUGUGAAAUGGAAUAUAGAGGAGGGGCAAAAGUGUAAGUGGGGUGAUGUAUUUGCUGAAGUAAGUUGA